AUGAUUCCGCCGUCACUCCCGCUGACGCUGGAGGAAGCCGACGAAAAUGUAGUCUAUAUGUGCUUUGAGGACCAUGUCUUUGCCGAUAAUGCUGCAUUUGGCGCCAUUCGCAACCUAUCAUGCGGUCGGCGAGAUGAUAUAGAAUUCUGCGAUGAAGUCACGUUGACGACAGCAGACGCUGUGGAUAUAGAUGAAAGUGACUUCUCAGCUGAAUCUUCAAGUGAGGCGCCCACCGGCGGUGCGGCUGAAAGGGAGCCGCAUGUGUCAACACCAGUAAGAACUCCCCAAAGAGGGACUGGUAGCCGGCAGCCCCGUACGAGUGUCAGGACGCCUGAAAGGGUCAGGACUCCUACCUCUAGCAGGAAAAAUGCUGUAUUCGGCGCAGAUGCGUCAGGAACGAGGGCUCUCAGUUCGCCAUACGGUGAGACUGCCACCCCAACCAGGCCGGCCUCACUCCACAGGGAUGACCCUGCAACCGUGUACACAGAGUCGCCCAUCCGUCGGUCCCGUUUCCUUACUGCUUACGAUGUGGCUAGCCAGCUGUCGUCAUCUUCAAGCUCUGCCGGCGGCGACUCGCCGCCUCAUCGUCCACUGGUGCCACCCUCGAAGGUGGCGACGGGGCCCGGUGAUUCCGUCGCCACAUCGCUCGAAAAGGCUAUGUAUGAUGCCAGUGCAUAUACGGUUGAAAGUAUAGACCCCGAGUUCCAGCAGUCCUAUGCCCCAGCUCCAGCUGUUGUAAUGGGCUUCGGUAGCGUCGUUACCCCAGCUCGCAACGAGCUGAACAUGUACGACGCACUGUCGAACCUGGGUGACUUGGAAGGUCGCGCGGGAUUUGAGAAGUCGAUGUAUCAGACAUGUGUGCUCCGUUCACGUGCAUUCAGCUUAUCGUGGGCGAGGUUCAUGCACCGCAUCAACGAUAUCAUACGCGUGUCGGUCCAAGAAGGGGUUAAAGCGGUUUUAGAGCUUCUGGAGCUGAAUUCCGUGUCUGACACGAUGCUGCCUAUAAUCCUGGUCGACGUGGGGGUGGUUAGCAACGACCAGAGAAUUGUACUGGACAAGUUGUUUGUCUCUUUGUCAUCCUCGGGACAGCAAGAGCAUCUAUUCAUCAAGGUUAACUUGCUAGGCAACGUCCAACAAUCGCUAGAAGGUAUAUACACGUCAAUGAAGAGCAGCAUGCCCAAUGCUAGACACAAUACAAGCGAUGCGCCUGCACUGGAUCUUAACACACGCAAGAAUAUCAUGGAGCAUAUUGCAGAGCUUCACCGGUCGUCCUUCAAAACACGUAAUCUGGUUUUCGUUAUGGAGAAAAUGACCCACAACCUGAACGAAUUGUUGUAUAUUUUCGAGAUGUUAAAGAGCCACGAGGGUGUGUCGAUCAGUUGCAUCUUGUGCUCCAACUGCUGGGAGACGAACUUGGAGCAUCAUGUCUCGCCUCGAGUCUACGCCGGACUCUCCAUUGUCAAUUGCGACGUCGUAUCUGUGAAUACACUGUCGGAUGAUGUACUGAAGCUUUUGCUGUUCGAGCCAGAAAUUCAAUGUUUCCUUCCCCAUAUGCACAUGUUACAGCAGUUUUGGGAUAUCCUCUACAAUGAAGAAAUGUCAGUUAGCUCUUUGAUCAGGCGCAUAUAUGGUAUGUAUGACGUGUUUUACAGAAACGCGCAAUUUAGCUUCGUUUGUAUGCCCGAUAUUGUCGACAUACGCUCCACUGUGCAUGUGUCUAACACUGAACCGUAUUUUGAAGUGCACAAGAAUGAAAGCAUGAUAAAGGAGCUAUUCGCCAAAUUAGGGCUGUUGUUCUGUGGCUGCAAUCUCUCCGAAUCGCACGUGGCGUACCUGCAGGUUAUAUUGGAUAAACAGUCGUCGAUGGAAGCGUUUUGCCUGCAGGUAAUGCCUUACGAGGCCAUGAAACUCAUUGAGCGCCGAAUAUCACUGCAGCUAGCGAUGUACCUCUUGAACACGCUAAUGACGCUCCUGCCCGAUUCCGACCGGCCGAGGAGCCGUCUUAGUGUGUUGGUCAAGAUACUGUGCAGCGAACACGUCGCGAUACGGAUUAAUGACCUCAUCAAACGCAUCUCACGAGUCAUUCAAACAAAGCACGGUCAGAGUCUGUCUGACCUAGUAGGAAAGAUGAAGGAGUUGGGUACUCACUUUUUGACGUUUUACCCCGCAGCCGAGUCGAUGAUGCGAUUCUUGGGAAAACAACCAAAAUACGACCUUGUGGCAGAAUACCUGGAUAUGAUGCGCACUAAUGCGAGCAGUGCGACGCUGUCAACCUUCGUGGAGCACGCGCUGGGGAUGCUGAUGCUCCCAACUGUCCAGUCAAGCAGUAAGCUCGCUUACCAAAUGGUGGUAGCCAAGUACACUCCGUUUAGAAGUGAAUGGCACAUUCUGCGCGACUUGUUGGAGCCAAAGGAGUGCACUGCAUUCGCUGAAGAUAUUAGGCAUCUGAUUCUAUUGUCUCGUACCAUUGCUUCACGUGAUGUGAAUUUGUGGCACUUGUUUUGCCUCUUCCACGCGAAAUUUGCGGCCGACCCGAUUUCAAAGACGUUUAUCCGAUUCAGCAUGGCCCUGGAGACGGCAAUUAACAUUUUGGGUUACUACACACUGUCAGCCUCGAAGGUCGUUAAUCUUAUCUCCCCUGAUAUUGAAUCCUGCACAUCCACUUCUGUCAGAUUGGCGCACGUGAUCAAAGGGCGUCUAUCUCGCUUUAAAGUGCGGCGCAUUCACCUGGGACGAUGA